AUGGCAUUCACACCUAUGGUCAUAUUUAAUCUGCAUGUCCAUAAUACGCUGGCCUUCAUGUCUCUGCCUCCCAUGACAGCUUCUUCCAAACUGACAAAGAAAAGUUCGCAUUCAUCCAGUCUUCUCGCAUACGAUGCAUUCCGGAAUCACCAGGACCUUGACUGGAUGAUAUCUGAUGCGAAGUUCACUGCUGAUACUAUAACUGAUUUCUACGACCGCGGUCUAACAGCUCGUAGAUAUGCCCUUGUCGGAGUGGCAUACGCAAGUAUCUUCAGCUGCUCAUGCAUCGUUGCAGGCAUUUUCACUAUAAUCAAUCACGGAGUCUACGGUGCAGCCGUGCCAAACCUGGUCAGUCCUGAAGAGGAUGCUCGGGUGUCUCUCCAGGGGGAGAUAUUGACCCUAGCACUUAACUUAAUCGUCACGUUAUGCACUGAGGCCAUAGGCUUCGUACACGCCAUCUCAUUGCGCUCUGCGCUAGCCUCAGAGUCUCGGCUUCGUUUCAACACCAAUCUGCGCCUUCUGACCGCAGCUCGUGGAUGGUAUAGCCCUAACGGCGCACUGCUUAACGGUAUCUCGGCUGUCCUCCUCAUUAUAUCCUACAGCUCAGCUUCACUCGUCGUAUGUUUCGACUAUCAAAUAAUGUCACAAACAUAUGAGGAGGGCAUUGCCAUCGCAGGAUUACCUCUCCUCAUUUUGGGCAUCGCACUCCUGCUCCAGGUGAUGAUCGCAUUGUCAGGGAUAUGGGCUGUCAAAAUAUUGACGUGGAGCUCCUCACCUUUCGACCUGACCGCCGCACUGGUCCACCACACCCAAUUGACCCCUGUUACUUUUCGGUGCAUGCGUCGUGUGUCUGACCCAGACACGGGUGAAGGUCCAGCGAAGCCGCUAGAGAUGCAGCCCUCAGCGUGGCGUGCUCACCCUAGCAUCCGGAAAGUUAUCAUCUCUCUUUGGAUGAUCGUUGCAGCAUGCGCUGGAUGGGCCGCACUCGUCAUGUAUAUCUGGCACAAGGUCGACGGCACGCAUAUAUUUUCCUCCAAUGCGCUGACCCUACAAACGUGGUCGUUCUUGCCAAAAUCUGCGUUGUCCAAUUCCAUGGCGUAUGGUAUGCCGGGUGUCAAUCCUGAGGCGUGGAUUCUGCUCUUUGUCAACAUGGCAGUUGUCCAGGGACCGUUGACGCUUGGGCUGCAUUGCUCAGAGCUCAUCGCAAAUGUCAUUCGAGACGAAAGACAGUGGAGAUGCGCUACCGGAAGGAAAGGACUUAUUACGACGACGAACCCGUUGAAGAUGAUUUUCAGUCAUCCGGUUUGUUUCGUACUUUUCAUCGCGAAGCCUUUCCUGCAUUGGAUGUUUGGACUUUCGUUCAUCAUAUCUCCCGGCAUGGUUGGUGGGCAACUAACAGGGUUUUUGGUGGUUAUGUUGACUGCCCAGAUCUGGAACUUAUGCAUGGCACUAUUCAUAUUUGCCCUUUUCUUCACUUUCGUCGCACUGCGCCGACCGCGCGGUCCCCAGCCGGCUGCAUACGGCCACGUCCAGACGCUUGCCAACCUCGUGGACGAGUGGUCGCCUGUGAUGUGGUGGGGACACAAGGAGGACGGAUCUCCGUACUGUCAUGCUGGGACGAGCGAUAACCCGCUCCCGGAUGUGAAGAUGGACCGCGUUUAUGCUGGUUCUGGUGCUGGGUCACUGACAGAGGAGCUAUAUUCACGUCAGACUGACGAUACAUUGACGGCUGGUGGCCAAUAA